GUGCUACAGUGAAGAUCCUGAAACAAAACCUUAAGGAUGCCUGAGCCGGCGAAAUCUGCUCCAGCGCCGAAGAAAGGUUCCAAGAAGGCGGUCACUAAGACGCAGAAGAAAGGUGACAAGAAGCGUAAGAGGGCAAGGAAAGAGAGCUACUCCAUCUACGUGUACAAGGUGCUGAAGCAGGUGCACCCCGACACGGGCAUCUCGUCCAAGGCCAUGAGUAUCAUGAAUUCUUUCGUCAACGACAUCUUCGAGCGCAUCGCGGGCGAGGCCUCCCGCCUGGCGCACUACAACAAGCGCUCCACCAUCACGUCGCGGGAGAUCCAGACGGCCGUGCGCCUGCUGCUGCCCGGCGAGCUGGCCAAGCACGCCGUCUCCGAGGGCACCAAGGCUGUCACCAAGUACACCAGCUCCAAGUAAAAGGAUAGUAAAUUAUAAACCAAACGGCUCUUUUAAGAGCCACCACACGUUCGUAAUAAGAGCUGUGAUUGCAAUUUUUUUUUUUUUUUUUAAUGUGGAC